CACUUAAUGCCGAGGAACAAAAAACCCUGAUUCCAUUCUUCCUUAAAUUUAACUACAAUCAGACGCCACUUUUGUUUGAGUAUGGUGCUUACUUGGAAAACUUUAACUGCAGUUUACUUUUUAGCGUAGUAUAUACAUGGCUGAAAAAUGAAGGUCACAAUGAGGAAGAAUACGGCUACAGAUGUCAGGCGAUAGUGAGGGCAAUCACCAAAAUGUUAAUGCGUACUUGUAGGAAUCUCAAGUCUCUGAACCUAGCGUCGGCGGUCGAGGUUCCAGAUUCGAGUAUAUUUAAGUCGAGUCAAUACGGGCUAUCAAGAUUAGUCGAGUUGGACCUUUGUCUCGAAAAUAAUUCAUCUACAAAUAAACAAGCAUUGGAAAUUCUGAGCUACCUUUCGUCUCUCUGUCGUAGCCUCCGUAAAACAUAUUUUAUUAUCAGAGAAGAAAUUAAUUCCUUGCCUAAAGAGUCCAUUAACUCAUUGGUUAGUUUAAUUGAGAACCAACACAAUCUCAAGAUUUUUAGUCUUUAUCAAGCAGAAAAAAGUGCUAGCCGGAUCAUUUCAUCACUUCAAUUCCAAAAAGAUUCGUUGGCAACUAUUCUCUUCUCCAGCAUCAAUUUUAACAAUAUCUCCGAUAAUUCUUUGGAAGUACUUAUAAAUUGCAAAAAUAUAGUUCAAAUGAAACUCGCCUACUGUGGUAAUAUCUCACCAAAUCAGGUCGAAAUAUUAUCCAGAUCACAGUUUUCCCUUAAAUUUCUAAUCUUAUAUCAAAACAACAUAUCUUCGGACAUUAUUUCAGCAUUAAUCACAAUUUGGGGUUCGAAAUUAAAAAAUUUGGAUCUCGAUCAACUUACCCGAGAAAUUGUUGAUUCUAUCACAAACCAUUGUCAAAACCUAUCUAAUUUGACCAUCAAAGGGUCGUUCGAUAACCUCGAUUUAAUUUUACCGUGGAUAAAGGGGUCACACUUAAAAGCAUUUAGCUUGGAAAGAACGAUCUUCAGAGGAAGGGUAUAUGGAAAGGAAGAAGUGGACCCGGUAUUCACACGUCUGGGGAUGAAUCUACCUAAUUCGUUGAAUUACUUGAGGAUCAAGGGGUGCAAGUUGAUGGAGAAUGCGCUUGAACAAAUUCUGAGCGUUUGCCAAUUGAAAUUAUUGGAAACUUUAUUAAUUCAACCUGUUAUGGAGCCCAUUGAAUCGAGGCAUCUCGAGUACAUCCGAGAUUUUUUGAGGCAUAACAGAAGUGUCAAAAGGGUGGAAAUCAACUUCUACAAUAUAGCAAAAGCUUGGGGGAGCGAGGAAGAGAGGAUUUUUAAUGAAAUUAAAGGAGAACUCGGCAUUGAAAUCAUAACGACAGAAGAUUUUACUUAA